CGCGGAAGAAUGUGCGUGAUCAGGCGAAUGUUUUCACUUGUCACCUGUUCCAGGAACAAUGAAAACGUGUAUUGAAUAUACCUUUAUUUAAUAGUCUACUCGUUUGCCAUUACCAAACAAUAUGGGGAACUGUUUUAAAACACCAAGUACAGACGACAUAUCGCUAUUACGAGGUCAUGACAAUCAAGAUGGGGCCGAGCAAGCACUCGGCCCUCCUCCGCCGUAUCAGGAGCGUGUACCAGUAUACCAUCCCUCCCCAAAUGUGAGUCGACUGGCCAACCAACUGUCCGAGGAAGAACAGAUUAAGAUUGCCAAACGUCUAGGACUGAUCAGUCAUUUGCCUGUAGGCGUGUAUGAUGGCUCCAGCAAGAAGGGAAAAGAGUGUGUUAUAUGUAUGAAUGAAUUUAUACUGGGAGAGAGCCUGAGGUUUUUGCCCUGUAUGCACACUUAUCACAGAGACUGUAUUGAUGACUGGCUAAUGCGAUCAUUCACCUGUCCCUCGUGUAUGGAGCCUGUAGAUGCAGCUUUACUCUCGACAUAUGAAACCAAUUGACACAGGGGACUUUCAGAGGUCGCUGCAGGGUCGACUCGGCCACAGGAAUUGGUUUUCACAGGGACUUGCAAUUUGGUUGUCCCUGUGUUACAUGGUGCUGGAGAUGUGAUAUAUAGACAAAGUGAUGACAGAACUUCAUUCCUCAAUUUUUUACAAUACAGUUUGGUAGAAGUGUGGAUCUGAAAAUGUGGCUGUGUGCUACUGACACUUAAACAGCUGACAAGUUCUGAACAGAUCUGCUUAUUGUGACCCGUGAGACCGUGGUACUGCAAGACUAGCAUGCAACUGUAAAUACACGCUUUGUAGUAACCGGCUCCUCAUUAACUCACACUCGAUCAAUGAUCCUGAGCCCUCAGGCAACGUAUCAGACUAAGUAGAUGAGAUACACCAGGUAGUUGUUCACCGAAAAUUUUUCCACACAUAUGGUUGUGAAACAGAGAAGCAAAGUUUCCACUAAGUAGAGUAGAUCUAGAGGUACCUGUCUUUUACCUGUUUCGUAUAAUGAGUCAAUCAACAUUGACCUAACAGGUAUUGCCACGGCAGCUGGUCUUGUGUUGGUAAUGUACUACAAUUGUACCUGUAUCUGACACGCGGCAAUUGUUGAAUUAUAACCAAUUUGUAUGUGGAACGGAACAACUGUUAAACUGCAACACGGUAAUCUAUUUGGGCUGCAUGGAAAUUGCAUCUUCACCUUUGUAUAUUAGUCCUCUCUGUAUAUAUGCAUAUGAUAUAUAUAUAUAUAUAUAUUAAUAUCAUCAAUACGGAUACAGUCAUCAUGUCUAAAUUGUUUAUAUGUAAAAACUGAGUGAUAAGUGAAAGACCAUCAAUGAUUAUCAGCCCAUGAAAGUUGAAAUGACAUUUUGUUCUAUUUGUUGAUUUAUUAGAUUUCAUAAAAUUGUCAGAUUUAAAAUGCAUACAGUGUUUUUGGGGACACAGAUAUUUGAGUUCUGGGCUUGUGGUUUUCCUCAUCUUUGAAAUCUAAGGGUGUUCCAUUUUCCGUAUGUGUUCUCUACUCCCUCGGACUAUAUAUAUGUCAUGACAACAAAGUUCAAGGCUCACAGUACAGGAAAGCAUUUGAUUGGAUUCAGACAUGAAUUGCACAAAUCUGGAGGCUGAUGCAUGUCCCUUGAAAAUUACAAAGGAACUAAAAUAAAAUCAUUGAUCAAAUGAAUGCUGUCAGUUUUACCAUUAUGCUACUGGGUGAUUCCUUAUACCUUGUACCAAACAGAUCAAAGUUAUGCAAGAUUCUGUAACAGUUUCUAGACUGGCCAUCUGAUAUCAUCUGUAAGGUGGCAUGUAUGGAGCUUUCGAUUUUGUCAUGACAUAUCCCAGGGGUGCAAAGAAGAUAUGUCCCGUUAUAUCAAAAAUGGAAUACUUGGAUUUCAAAAAAAAUGCUUUUCCUGUGAGUGUCUCCCACAUUUUGUGGACUCACGAUAUCUCUUAGCCAUACGACUCAUCAAAAAUGAUGGUCUAGACUCAACUGGAAAACUCCUACACAAAACACUGGCCUGCAUUCUAAAGUUAAGACCUAUAUCAUUAGCAUGUGGAAACUUAGGAGAAACCAAAUGCAUCCUUAUCAACAAAUAGAGGAAAAUAACCCAUUCUUCAGUGUCAUAUUAUAAUGGGAUUUCAUUGUCUGUGGAUACUGCAGAGUUUUGUAUUAUGUAUAUAUAUAAUAUUUACUAUACCAGAAUGUCUUUCUAGAAAUCCUUGAUCGUUAUUGAAAUGAUGUGAUAUCUACGGAUCUUUGUGCUGGUGUAGCCUGUCUCCAGUACACUCGUGUGUUGUGCUGGUACAGCCUGUCUCGAGUACACUCGUGUGUUGUGCUGGUACAGCCUGCUGUCUCUAGUACACUCGUGUGUUGUGCUGGUACAGCCUGCUGUCUCCAGUAAACUCGUGUGUUGUGCUGGUACAGCCUGUCUCCAGUACACUCAUGUUUUGUGCUGGUACAGCCUGUCUCCAGUACAUUCAUGUGUUGUGCUUGUACAGCCUGUCUCCAGUACAAUCGUGUGUUGUGCUGGUACAGCCUGUCUCCAGGUCACUCGUGUGUUGUGCUGGUACAGCCUGUCUCCAGUACACUCAUGUUUUGAGCUGGUACAGCCUGUCUCCAGUACCCUCGUGUGUUGUGCUGGUACAGCCUGUCUCCAGUUCACUCGUGUGUUGUGCUGGUACAGCCUGUCUCGAGUACACUCAUAUUUUGUGCUGGUACAGCCGGUCUCCAGUACACUCGUGUGUUGUGCUGGUACAUCCUGUCUCCAGUACAUUCGUGUGUUGUGCUGGUAAAGCCUGUCUCCAGUACACUCGUGUGUUGUGCUGGUACAGCCUGUCUGCAGUACACACGUGUGUUGUGCUGGUACAGCCUGUCUCCAGUACAUUCGUGUGUUGUGCUUUACACUUUAUUAUUGGUUGCUUUUCCUUUGAUUUUUCUGCUAUAUACAGCAGUGUUUUCCCUGUUUAAGUUGCUUUAGCCAUUAUACAAAGAAACUCUGUAAUACCUGUAACAUCUUACAAGCACAGUAAAACAAGGCUGUUUUAAUACAACUGUACAAUGUACAUGUUAGGAUGACGGCUCCGCUGAACUGCCUUAUAUGAUUUGGUAAUAUAAGCACCCAUUCUCCAUUGAGAAUUGAAGCCGGCUGUAGGGGCGAACUCAGUUGACACUUCUAAUAAACUAUAAGAACUCUUUGUCUGGUGUGAUUGAAUCUAUGGCCAUGUUUCCUUCAAUCGCCCCCUACCCCACUACAACCCCUCCAGCCAAGGUGCUUACUUAAAAAGAAAAAUGAAAAAAAUAGUGCUUUAAGCUAAAUAUUUCCUCAAAUUUUAAUAACAUUAUACCAGGUAACCUAGAUUUAAAUUUGCGCUUAAGAAAAAUCAUGUUGAGUAACAGUAAAAAGUAAUGAAUCAUGUUUUUUUACUGUUUGUUAUUCAUCAUCCCAUCAUAUUGACAAGACCCUAGAUAAAGUGUUUACGCUAGGGAAGGUAAGCGUCUGUUUGAUUAAUUGCAUUUAAACUGUGUUAUUUUAUUUAUUUUAUUUUUGUUAUUAUAAUUAGAAAUGUGCUUUCAUUGAUAUGGAGUAGGAGAACUUUUGUUAUUAAUAUGUUUGAUGCCAGUAUCGUCUUCUGUUUCUCGUAGUGCUGUUUAUGUAGAAUCUCUAUGUUAUAGCCUUUUAAUUGAUAAGGGGGAUAUACAUAUGUACACAUUUAGGCAAUUGGAGUUACUAUGUAUGAUUAUUCAUUAUUCGCUCAUCAAACUUCCCCUUUAUAUGCAAGAAAAAAAAUUGAAAGAUGUUUAAUUGAUAAGAAAAUAUGUGUCUGAGUGACCUUAAUUUUGCAACAGUAAGUUGUCUAAAUUCAUUAAUUCCUAAGGCUUGUUCUGGAGAAAAUGUCCAUUUAAACAAAUUUUCGAAUGAUGAAAAGUGAAAUUUGCAAAUUUUUACCUUUUUUUUAAGUUUCCAUGCUGUCUGUUUGUUCAUUUGUAUUUAGUUUAAUGAAAUUUCAAUUCAAAUAAUUGAAAAAUUUAGUGCUCUUUUAAUUUUAGGGUUAACACAAUCUGUUUGGCUGAUAAAAUUUACGAAAAAAUAUUAUUGUUUGAUGUUAAUAAGAGUAAGAUCCCAGAUGGGAAAACAUAAUUUUACACUAAGCCAUUUUUUUGGACAGGAAAUAAAUAUAUUGUAUGUCGCCAUCCAUUUACAAAAAAAUAUCUUUGGAAACUGAAACACAAAUUUUCAGAUUCAGAAGUAUAAUUUUUGUUUUUACAUCUGAUCCAAAGAAAAAAAUGUCCAGAUUUCUUGUUUUCUAAACGAACGUGUUCAUAUGUACGUACAAAAAAACUUCAUUAUUACACAAGAUAGUUGUUUUUUAAUGUAGAUUUUGCAUAAUUAUUGUAUUCUGAAACAUUUGAUAUUGAUUAUAUAUAUGUGUGAUUAAUUUCAAGCUUCAAUCCUUAUUUGUCAAGCAUCUUUAUUCAGUUGAAAGAUCUGUCUGUUCAUGUCAAAAUAACGUGGUUUUUCUGAGCAGGAAUAAAGAAAAGAAUAAGUAUAAAAGAAAUACUGAUUGUGGGAAUAUUUGGGAUUGGUCUGUGUGAAAUAAUGUAUUUUGUGGAAUUUUUCACAGAAAAGAAGGAAAUAUUAACCGACAUCAUUGUCUCAAUUUUGACAUUUUCCACUUAACUUUCUGGAAUGAUAAAUUUUCUAGAUCGAUAUAUCACAUCAGUGCAAAUAGAUGCAGUACGUGUUUAGUAAGCGUUCCAAAUAUAUAUAUGUUUGUUUCUGUUCAUUGUCAGAAAAGUUAAAAUGUAUGCUAAGACACUUGAAGCAAACAUCACUGUGUUCUGUGUGUUGUAUGUAGAUUUUGUUUAGAGGUUUCUGUAUUGUGUUUUAUUGUUUUGUGUUUUAUUACCGAUUGUUAUUAAUGUACGACCCACUUGCCUUGUAUGUGUGAAAUAUCACCGACUCUGAAAGGAAUUGUCUUUCUGUUUUCGUAGAAAUGAAAUAUUAUGAAAUGUGAGUGAGAAACAGUUUUGUAUGUGUGUAUUAAACAUUCGCUAAACAAAUGCCACACAGGUCAUUUGUAUUUAUACAUAUAGGGUGCAGGUGAUCCGUACUGUCAUCACAAAGUCGAAGAUUACGUGAAGAAAACAAACCCAUACAUGUUAGUUCUAAAAGCCGGUGUAGAGCCUUUCUCAUGAACAUUUAGACAAGUUUCCAGCCAUACUAAUUGUGGGUGUCUAUAAACAGUAAGCACUCUUUGGGAUUAUUUAGCUUUUGUUAAAGGAAGCAUUAGGAUUUUGAAUAUAUAUCUGUUUUGAAUCAAUUUUUAAUCUUCCAAAAUUGGUACGACAUGUCUCUGAACGAAACUUUCAUUGAAUUCCAGCAUAUUAUUUAUGCAGAUAAAAUAGUGAGGUAUUUCAGCAUAAUUCAGUGGACAGACUGUUUCACCUGUUAUCUACUUCGUCCGUUUUCCUUGAUGUUAAGUGUAAUAUGUUUCAAAUAUAUUUUAAGGUCAGGUCUGGCUGUUGUUUCACAAGGCAGUCUAGCUAUUGGAACCCCAUUUAAGCUCUGUUUCAGCCCCAAUGGGCUUUAGCUUGCUGUAGGUCAGGAACAUUUGUUUUGACCCUGUAAUAGGUCAGGUCCAGCCCCUGUGGUCAAAUUUAAAGCAAGGUCAGUUCAGUCAAGCUUCUAAAAUGAAAUUUUCUUGCCAGAUUUGAAAAAAAUGCAGACAAGCUAUAUUUAGAAAUAGUUCCAUCAUGUUCAUAUACUAAUAAAUAUAAAAUUAUUUUCAUUCAUCAGUAGAAAUCUUUCACUCCCACCUUAAAAUGUUGCAUACACAAAAUAUGUUGGAUUACCUCCCCUUGUCCAUUGAGAGUGUGAUAGUUUUGGGGGUAUCCAUUUGAAUUGUUCUUCUUCUCAAUUAGCUGGUCUACCAGUUAUGUGUAAUUACUGGGUUUUGUGGAAUGUAAAUAUCAGAAGGAUGUUUUCAACAACUUCGUUAAACUUUAAACUUUAAGUACAUUAAGUUACAGAGACUUGGAUACCCGCAGAAAGUUUCAUAUUUGAUAUUAUAUAAAUGUCAUAGAGACAGUUUUACUGUGUAUAUUUAUAAACACCAUGGAGAUAGACCGUUUCACUUUGUAUAAAUAGUUUUAAGGAAAUUAAAAUUUUUCUUCGAAGAAAAGUAGGUGUAACAUGGUUUGUUUAUUUCAAUACAGGACUUGGGGCACUAAGGGUCAUUUAAUUGUCAAAGUUGUUGUAGACAUAGUCUGGGAUAAAUGAAGUACAGAGGUAUUGGUAUAGGAGAUAAUAUGCAUGAUAUCAUCCAUUGUGCACUAGUAAUGUAGAAAGUUGACCAUUUUGAAGCAAACUAAUUAUACACUGUUCAAUUUUUGAAAGCCUCCGCAUACACCAACUAAACAAAUAUUUCACAUGCUAAACAUUGUCAUACCUGUGUUCGUUGGUAGAAAGAAAUUUUGGGUUAUCACAUGUGGAGGAUUUCAUUCCUGCAUGCUAGCUAUUUCUGCAUAGCAACCCAAUUUUAGUGCUAUGGUGGGGUACAUUAUGUAUAGAUCUAAAAAUGCGAAAUGAAAACAAAUCUGUACCAGGAAAGAUAUCCCUGGUUAACCAAUGUUUAUAAAAGAAGUAAGUGAAGAAAUCAAGUUGAAUUUUUAACUUUUUAUGAUGCCAAAAAUGACCCAUAACACCUCCAAGUCCUUUAAUGAAUCUAUGGUAAAAAUUGAAGUUCCAAACCUGAAGCGGGUACCAACUAUUUCCAAGGUUUUAUUCCACCUGUAAGCAUGUGUGUGUGAUUUGUGCGAUUCUUACUGCCCCCUUUUAUGAAAGUAUGUGCGUGAUAUAUCGUAACAAGAUCUAAGAACAGUCCCAGUCGACAAGUGUUCUAUAUUUCCCCUGAUCUGGGUACUGUUUCUACAUCCUGUGCUAUGCAAUUAUAGAAAAUGUUAUAUAACAAUGUUUCCAUAUUACAUCAUCUUCUUACAUUUCUUCGAUAGGAUCACCAAAUGUCUGUCAUUCAUGUAAAUACUGGUACAAUAUUUCUAAACGUUUUCUUUAGGUUGGUAAGUAUGGAUUAUGAGAAGUUCUUACACAACCAAUAACAUUUUCUAUGUGACCUUAGAUGACUGAUACAAUAUGUACACCGUCACCUUCAUCAGACAAAUGACCAGUGAAGCGUAUGCACACAAAGGUGUAAAAUGUGUACGAUAAUAAUAUAAACUGGUACAAUAUUAGUCCAUCACCUAGUUCCUUUGUAGAUUAUUUACUUAAUAUUCAACUGCGAUGUGAGGUUGGUGGUUUUUUUAUCAGUCACAUUUGCAGACUAUCACACAAAAUAUAUAGUUUGUGUUAAGCUGCAUAAUAAAUAUCCCUUGGUUUCUUACUGCGAAAAAUGUAACAUAUUGUAUUAUUGCUUCCAAAGAUAGCAAGUACACAUUGGAUGGCAAUUUGACGAAAAAGAUUAAGCAAAGGAGAAAUUUUUAAAAUAUUGUGAAAAACCAUUGUUUCAAUGUCUUUCAUGAAAUCAGAAGAUUGAUAAGAUUAAUUUAAGAUUUUCCAUCAGUAACUUUUUAACUGAACAGAUAACAUUUGUGUGUGUGUGUGUGUGUGUUUGUGUGUGGAUUGUAGAGGAAAUAUUUGCCUGACUCAGUCAGACUGCCUUGGUUAACCCUAUAUGACGGGCGUCACCCACUGUAUCAUCUAUCUAUGUGUAUCAUUAGUAUCGUUCAAACAUAGAUCUCCUUGCAAUAUGCUGGUCAUUUUGCCACGAAGUAGAUUAGAAUUUAUGGUAACAGAACACUAGGCUUCGUCAUAUGGCGUGGCUUUUAUGCAUUGUUAGUUACACAAAAUAACUGUUGAAGAAUAAAAAGUGUGAGCUAAUA